CCUACAGAUCUGUGAGUCCUCAUAACUAGUGGUCCACCUGGAACAAGCUUCUAGAAAAGUAGCUGCAGAAAAGCCUGAGUGUAUAGGAAGAGACUGAAACCCAGGACCGAGACUUGCUCAAUCCUGAACCUUACUCAGAUGGCAAGCCAAAUUCUAAGGGGGUCCAGAGGAGGAUGGUUAAUGUGAGGGUCCUUUAUUGGAGAAGUAAUCACACCCAAAAAAAGCUGCUUCCCUUUUACUAAUCCCCAUGUCUCACCGUUUUGCUUUUAAGCUGUUGUCUGAUAUACUUUUAUCCUCAAAAAUUUUAAGAAGACUACCUCCCCCACCCCUCCACUUUUGAGAGUGAACUAAGGGAAAGUACUGUUGCCCUCCCACAAAUACCCCAGGCAGACUUUUGUCUGCUACCACAGCCCUGUGCCUGUCUCCAACACAAAGAACCACUUUAGAAAGCCUCAAAGAAUCGUGCUUGGGUAUAGAGGGCAAGGCCUUAGGCCAGCGGAACCUUAAAAGCCUGGCUGAGGCGGAACGGAGUCGGGACAGAAGACAGCAGGCUCUCCACACCGCGCCAGGUUUAACACUUCCGCCGCGCGGAGAACUUGCCUCCGCCCCCAGCUUCCACGUCCGCCCAGCUCUAGUUCUGCGCAGUCUCCUGGAAUUGUUUGCCGUCUCUAUGGCAACCUAGGACGGUGAAGAUGGAGACCGUCAAGUCUACAGCGGGACCGCCGUCGCGAUCUGUAGACCCACAGUCCAGCUCCGAAGGGCUAGGACCCACUUCGGAACCGUUUCCUUCUUCGGAUGGCACUCCUAGGUCGCCCCCGGCAGCCUCAACCGCAGCAGCUACUGCAGCCACUGCAGCUGUCUCCACUGCCAACGCAGCUGCCUCAUCUGCAAAGACCCCAGCACCCUACUCUGAGAGGAGCCUUCUCAUGGCGCCCUCUUCGGAUAGUCUUCUUGGGGAGCCCAGUGCUGGACCCAGCUUUACCCACAAAACAGGCCAGGAGAGACUUGGCUUUGAGCCUGCCUAUGUUUCCUCUGGUACCCAAGAUCCCUGUACUUCAAAUUAUCUCAGCUCUAGCCCUGGCCCUCUUCCUGGCUCCAGUUCUGGUCCUGCCUCUAGGCCUAGUCUAGGCUGUGGCCAUGACCCUGAGCUCAGCCCCUACACUCAUCCAAGCUUGACAAACCCCGGGGCGGAUCUGGUCCCUCCCUGGAGUCACCACACCCAGUGGGAGCCUCAGAAACAACAACCCUGGAAAUUUUUGCAAGUCUCAGAACCUGGUGCCCGAGGGCUAUGGAAGCCCCCUGAGGUUGAAGGGAAGCAUAAGGUUCUCGAUGAGACAUUGCCACGGGGCCAGUGCCUUCUCUACAACUGGGAAGAGGAGAGAGCCACCAACCACCUGGAUCGAGUCCCAAGCAUGCAGGAUGGCUCUGAAAGUUUCUUCUUCCGACACGGACACCAGGGACUGCUGUCCCUGCAGCUACAGUCACCCAUGCCCUGCAGCACCAGCCAGACAGACUCAUACCAGCCCCCAGGAAACCGCCAUCAGCCAAUCCGAGGGAAGCGUGAAGCCAUGCUGGAGAUGCUCCUGCGGCACCAGAUCUGUAAAGAGGUGCAGGCAGAGCAGGAACCCACAAGGGAGAACUUUGAGGUCGAGUCUGUGACACACCAUGACUACCGAAAGGAGCUGGCGCAAGCAGGGCCUCCUGCCCCAACAAAGCCUCAUGACUACUAUCAGGAGCAGCCUGAAACCUUCUGGAUACAGAGGGCACCACAGCUACCGGUGCGUGAGGGCGAUGAGGUGUUGGGAGUGGGGGAAAGAAGGCAAGGAAGAGGCUAUUCUGUUCUGGCUUGGCACAGAGCGGAAUCUGUCCUCAUCGUGGCCCUUCUCCAGGGUGUCAGUAACAUCAAGACACUGGACACGCCCUUCCGGAAGAACUGCAGCUUCUCAACACCAAUAACUUCAUCUCUGGGGCAGCCUUUGCCCUAUGAACCUGGGAAUUAUUCCCACCAAGUGGGGGAAAUAUCUUCCCUUGCCUGUCAGGGAGGAGGGCAGGGUGGUGGAGGGGGUAGAACUACUCCUGUCUAAGGGUUGAGGAGGGCAGU